AAUCACAAAAUCAUCUUACUGAAUUUCACAUCCUUACAGCUUGAUUAUUUUACUUAAGUUAUGAAGUCUGCGACGUUAUUUCUGUUUUCAUGUGUUAUGAUGCUCCUUAUUUUGAACACGGUUCAAGAGAUGGAAGAUCAAAAGGUGAGGAAGUGCAAAAUCACUAAUGUUUGGAAGGAAGAUGGUCGACAUUGCACUGGUGAUGCUAAAGCUAGAGACGAUAUGUGUAUAGAAGCUUUUGCGGCUUUAAAAACAAUUGUUACUAAUUGCACUUGUGAUGAAACUAGUUACCCUGAUCUUACUUGUAACUGUCUUGCCGAUUCUUCCGACCCUGAUCCCAUCCAAGACUUCUGUAUACCAAAACCUAUGACAUCUCCUUAUCAUGACCAUCACUUCUCCACCAAUCUCCCUUGCAAAAACUCCUCCGAAGUAACCACCGAAGAUUUUGUCUUUUCCGGUCUAAAAACUGCCGGAAACUUCACGGAGACUGGGUUCGCCACCGUCCCAGUAAGCCCGGCAAACUUCCCGGGCCUUAACACAUUAGGCCUGUCGUUUGUCCGGGCUGAUCUCAAACCAGGAUCCAUAAACCCACCACAUUACCACCCGCGGGCCACGGAAGUAGCCCACUUGGUUAAAGGACGGGUUUACUCCGGUUUUGUGGACUCGAACAAUAAGGUUUACGCAAAAGUGAUGGAAGAAGGAGAAAUAAUGGUUUACCCAAAAGGGCUUGUGCAUUUUCAGAUGAACGUCGGAGAUGUUACGGCCACGAUUGUCGGCGGACUUAAUAGCCAAAACCCUGGUAUUCAGAAGAUACCGUCGGUUGUUUUUGGAUCAGGGAUCAAUGAGGAGUUGCUUAUGAAAGCUUUUGGGUUGAGUCUUAAGCAGAUUGGUACGUUGAAGAAAAGAUUUGAUCCUGUCAUGUCUAAUGAACAUUGAUGUUUUCUCUUAAGUCUAACCGAGAUUAUUAUAUGGAAGUUAUUUAUCUUUAUGUGAUGGUUCUUGAUCAUAAUGUUAUAUUAUAUAUUUUGACCCAAAAAAUGGUCAUCUUUAGU